CCCUUUAUAAGCGUGUAGAUAACUCUGACUGUUGCAUAUUAUCGCUGCGCUGUUCUGCUCCUUCACGAUUCGAGACGCCAGUGGAAGUCAGCUGCGCGCGCGGGGGGCUAGCACGCGUGCUGGGAACAAAAACUUCAUUCCUGACAACACGCUAAAGGUUCACAUGUCCAGAGCAGUCUGAGGGGUGAGUAACAGUUGGUCCAGAGGUCAGAAGAGGUCACAGGCAGCACGGCGCUGAAUGUCCGUGACAGCUUCAUGGGCCUGAAGGACCAUCUGGAUGAUGGAGCAGGCCACAUCCUCGACCUGGGGCUGGAUCUGGACUACCUCCAUGUGAAGGCUGUAGACCGGCAGGCCGGUGCCGAUGCCCUUUCCAGAAUGGACAGGGGCUCAUUGGACACCAACGAGGAAGGAGCGCCCAGCUCUGGGAGAUGUCCUUCUUCGUCCCGGGGUGACUCAGAGGACAGCUGUGGAUCCGACGGUGAGGUGGAGCAGAGCUGUACUCUCGCCCCAAGCGACGGAUCCGUUCGAGCUGUGCAUCCGCCUCUUUGCCGCUCUCCAUGUCUGGAUCUGGACUCCCCAGGGCUGCCGGAAGUGACACAGGAUAAUCCAAACACUGAAAAUUCUCUAAGGGAGUACCAGACCAAGUUGGAGUUUGCUCUGAAGCUGGGUUAUGCUGAGGACUUGGUCCGAUUGGUGUUAAGCAAGCUCGGGUCAGACGCGCUGAUCAAUGACAUCUUAGGGGAGCUGGUGAAACUCGGCAGCAAGUCAGACAGCGACAGCGGUGCGGCGACUUCAUCCACUUCCACUUCUUCAUCUUUAGCGUCUUCCGGGUCAUCGUCUUCUUCGGCAUGUAGCUUUUCAGACUCUACAGAUUCGCGAAGCUCUGAGUCGCCAUCACAGUCAAUCCUGGAUGACAAGGAUAACCUACGCCCAAUAGUUGUGGAUGGAAGCAACGUUGCUAUGAGCCAUGGCAACAAGGAGGUGUUUUCCUGUCAGGGUAUUCAGCUUGCAGUGGACUGGUUCCUUGAACGUGGCCACAAAGACAUUACAGUGUUCGUCCCAGCAUGGAGGAAAGAGCAAUCCCGACCCGACGCACUCAUCACAGAUCAAGAGAUCCUAAGACGACUGGAGAAGGACAAGAUCCUGGUUUUCACACCUUCUCGGCGCGUCCAGGGGCGUAGGGUGGUGUGUUAUGAUGACCGGUUCAUCGUCAAGUUGGCUUACGAAUCAGACGGCAUCAUUGUCUCCAAUGACAACUACAGGGAUCUGGCCGUGGAAAAACCAGAAUGGAAGAAGUUUAUUGACGAACGACUUCUCAUGUACUCCUUCGUCAAUGAUAAGUUCAUGCCUCCUGAUGAUCCCCUUGGUCGCCAUGGCCCCAGCCUGGAGAACUUCCUGAGAAAAAGGCCCAUCAUCCCAGAACACAAAAAACAACCUUGUCCAUAUGGAAAGAAGUGCACUUAUGGGCACAAGUGUAAGUUCUACCACCCAGAGCGUGGCACCCAGCCCCAGCGCGCCGUAGCCGACGAGCUCCGCGCUAGUGCCAAGACCUCUGCGGCCAAAGGCACAAAUGAGUCCGGUCUAGUGAAAAGCCACAGCGUUCCUGGAGGUUCUCGUAAUGAUAAAGCCGGUGAUGGAAAACGUUCACACUCGAAGAGGCAGUCAGACUCCAGUGUUCGCACCCUUUCUUACGGUGACGUGGAGGACAAGCUGAGCUCCAAAACCAAAGCAGACCCCCAGAACAGCAGUUUGACACUACCCCCUGCACCAGGUGGGCCCCCUUCCUGCAACGCUCACACACAAGACCAGAGAGAGCAACUGACAUGCUUUUCCAAAAGCCAUGCAGUGCCAGCUUUCCCUCAAACAGACUCCUACCCCACCUGCGAGUCUCCGGACCUCAGCUACUAUUCUCUUGUCCGUGGUUACUCUGGCCUCAGCUUAUCAUCCCAAAGGAGUCCAGAGCGGCCAUUCCUGUCUGACAUGGAUACACGGCUCAGUUCCGUGGCAUCUGAUUGCAGCAGUGAGGGCAGUGCCAGCUCUGACUCGUAUGGCACGGUGCCUCCUGGUGAGCGCUCCUGUAUGAGCUCCCCUGACUCACUGUUGGAUGAUGGGCUCAAAUGUCAUCAUUACCACCACCUACACCACCACCGCAGGCAGUACCCUCUGCCCAUGGUCCUGAACCCACCGCCCCAUCACCACCACCAGAGCCGUGUGCUUUCCCCAGUACCUUCGAGUCACCCAGGGUACCAUCAUGGCAUGGCCCGUGGACACAGCUUCACUCAAGACGACCAGCCUCCAGAGCCCCAUUUCAAGCACUCGGUGUCCUACAUUGGCCCACAAGUCCAGCACCAGAUGAUUGGCGCCAGAUCCAGUUGUCCUGGGGAGUACCCUCCUCAGAAUUCCCCACUGAGUCGAGGCCUAGCAUCCACGCGUCUUGACAGUGUGUCCGAUUCCAGGCUCUAUGAGCGCUCACCCCUUUUGGCCAGGAAGCCCUUCCCGGACCAGGACAGGAUGGCCAGCUGGGAGCCGUACUAUCAGCAACCCUGCUACGAGCCCUUCACCUUUCAGAGCCUUCCCGAAAACAGGCAGCAAGCAUGGCGGGUACCUUGGGGACAAACCCCUCUUCAUCCUUCACCUCCUCAUCCAUCCCAUUCUCCUCACCAGAACCAGGAACCACCUGCUCUCGGUCGCUACCAGGAAUUGCGCGAGAAGGUAUUCAUCAACCUGUGUAACAUCUUCCCCACUGAGCUUGUGCGCCUGGUCAUGGGCCGGUAUCCACACGUGACCGAUGCCCAACAGCUGGCAGCUGCAAUCUUGGCUGAAAAGAGCCAGACUGGAUACUAAUAACCCUUUGAUUGGAACUGUAGCAGAUUUAUUGAGUUCAAUUAACUUGUGUGUUUCUUGAGGAUCACAGAGGCGUCUAAUAGGUAUAGUCCAGGCCUUGAUAGGUUAUACAGUGCUUCCGUUUGGAGGUCUUAUGAGGUUUUUGAUGGAAACCUGUAAACACGGUGGUAGUGAAGACGAGUCAUCUCAUACCUGGGUUUUUAACUUAACUCAGUUCGAAGUUUUUGUUUUUCUUCAGCAGUGGAGCCACAACUGCGAGUAGCAAUUUCUCUACCUGAAGUGUGUGUGUGAAUGUGGAAAUGAGUUGCAUUAUUUAUUUUAAUUCUAUAUUUUUCAAGCAAGGUUUUGCUUUAUGUCGUCGAUAGUUCGGUUCAGGUGAGCGUGUACUGAUUCACAAGGCACUUUUACAUUGCUGUUUAUCAAAUGUAAAGUUUUAUAACUUAUGUCAAUCAAACAAGAACUGAUGGAAGGCCAGAUGAUUUGUCGGAGUGAACAGCGUCGUGCCGUCAGGUCGAUGCAGAAUUGGGCUUGCAUGGAAAAGUAAGAACAGACCAAAUAAAGAGCAAGCAAAGGGCAGGACCCUGUCUGCUUUUUCUUACGACAAGGAAAACCAGUUUGCUCUCUCAGCUAAAUAAAAAGGUAUAUAGAUUUGCUCUAAGAAGUCAGUUGAAGUACAUUCCCACAGUGUCUGGCCUUUCAUGAUCCUUGUGAUAUAAUGCCUACUCUCACUUGAAUUUUUUUAUUUUUUUUUGUUUUAGUCUCGGAAUUGCUUUCCCCAUAACCAAUUAUUGAAUCACGAAUCAUUGGGUCUUUGGGGAAGCGAUGGUUGUCCCAGUGAAGUACUCACUGAGUAUUAUUUUUUUAAGUCGUAUAGUUGUGUUAAAUUAUUAUCAUUUAUUUCUAACAGCUUUGCCUUCUUUCAGUUCGUUUUUUUGUUUUCAGAGAGACUUUUAUUCGCACACGCUCAUCUGGGUGGAAAUUCUCAUCAAGCAACUUGCAUCAUCAUAUCACCAGUGUUAUUAGAUACACUGGCAAAGUUUCCCAAAAGGGACAAUUUUUUAAAAAUGGAGACUUUUACUCCACACUUUUUGGGAAACUUUCGCCACGGUCCGUAGCCGGUGUAGUGUAGGCGAGACGGACGACAACCGGUCCGUCUCCGUACCUUAGUUUUAGUAAGGGACGUCUCUGGUUUUCACGUAUCGGGCGCAUGCUACUGUCACUCGUCAUCUUUCAGUGCUGUUACAAGCAGUUAGGAGGGGGGGAGAAAGCCUGAUUUUGGCGAGAAGCUUUUGCGAGUCACGUGUUCGGGAAGACGUUCGUAUCCGUUACUGACGUAACCUGUGGUAGCCGGAGAAUUACCUGUCCUCGUUGAUACAAAUUGUAUCCUUUUUUUUUUUUUUAACUUAAAAACAAAAACAAAAAAAAAAUAAACAGAGACAUUUAUAUACAUAUUAAUCUAUGGAUAAAAUAUAUUCACACAGUUAUGUACAAUAUGUAGUACUUGUGUAAUUUAAGAUAUUUUUGGCAACAUUUUAUCAUUACUCCUAAGGAAAACGGUUGAAGCGUUUCCUGUUUUUUUUUUUUGUGGGCUAAAAAGAGCAUCAAAUGCAUCUUUUAAAAAAGGACAGAGGGUAUUACGAUGAAGAUAUUUGCUAUUUUAUUUAUUUAUUUUCUUUGGAAGCAAAGGGUUAUUUAUGGUUUAUACCUAGAAUUAAGAAAAAGUGGGCUUUGGGGGGUAUGAAGUCGGGUUUUUACAGUUUUCUGAAGCAAAACGAUCGAUUCUAUGUAUUAUUAGGUUUGAAUAAUUUGUGUUCUGUGGAUUCUCACUUCUUUUCCAAAAGCUUUACCAGCAUAAUGAUUGUAUUUCUACGGAGAAGCGAGCGGACGCUUGCUGACCUGUAUGGUCGGUUAUUAUGGUUAUUAUUAUUAUUGUUAUGCUGUGAUGCUUCUGGAAGAAUUGUAAAACUGUACAUUUUUUUUUUCAUUACCUGUGGAGGGAAAAAAACAAACAAAAAAAGAUCUCACAGACCUCGUGUUUUACCUGAAAAUAUUAUCCGAUGCAUUUGAAGAGGGCUGGGCUCUUUGGGGGUAAAAUGCUGCCUGAAAUAUUUGUUAGGAGCACCUUUGUUUUGAAAAAGAAGAGCCUUCCCUCGAGCCAGGUGGCACCAUGUGCCAUCGUUGGCAGUGGCGUGGGCAUAGAGUAAAUGCCUCUACACGGCAUUGUGCUUAAGACACAUCUGAAUAAUCUGAACCAUGUUCAGCUUACGAGUUUUCAGGGCCGGCCUUUCCCCCCGCGGGACGUCCCCAUUACACGUUGCGGACGUCUUCGGGGGAGGCGGCACCGGUUUUCAUAGAAAUAUAAAUAUAUCUAGAAAGUUGUUUUUCAUUGUGCUGUGCUGUAUCAGAGCUUGCUGUGAGUUAACAUUGCUGUCACGCCUUCUCCUCCAUCAAGUCUCUCAGAGCUUAGCUAAACCGCCCGAGCGGCGGAAAUGUACAUAGGCUAACCCGCAGAACGGCACACGCGGGGAGACGACGACGACCCGUGCACGGAAGAGGUUACCGGAAGUAAUUACUCCUGGAAUUCAUGAAAUUGUAGGCUUUACGCUCAAGGACCAAAGUGAA